UGUUCGAAUUGCAAUACGACAAAGACACCUUUAUGGAGACGUGAUCCUGAAGGACAGCCAUUGUGUAAUGCCUGUGGAUUAUUCUUGAAAUUACACGGAGUCGUUCGACCAUUGUCAUUAAAGACGGAUGUGAUCAAAAAGCGUAAUCGU